AUGGCAGGAAUGUUUGAGCAACCUAGAAACGCGGGUACUCUUUUCCUCGGUGGAACAAAGAUCAGUGGUGCAGAUAUUCGAGAUCAAAAUGUCCUUGCUACACAAGCUAUUGCCAAUGUAGUAAAGAGUUCGUUUGGUCCCUCGGGACUAGACAAAAUGAUGGUGGACGACAUUGGGGACGUCACAGUGACCAACGAUGGGGCAACUAUCCUGAGCCUUCUUGAUGUGGAGCACCCUGCAGGGAAGAUACUCGUGGAUUUAGCACAGCAGCAGGACAAGGAGGUUGGCGAUGGAACAACUUCAGUAGUCAUAAUAGCUGCGGAACUCCUACGGCGAGCAAAUGAGCUCAUGAAGAACCGAAUACAUCCAACUACAAUUAUAACAGGCUACCGGCUGGCUCUUCGAGAAGCGGUGAAAUACAUGAACGAGAACAUAAGCACUAAGGUCGAAAACCUAGGCAGGGAAUCCCUCAUCAACAUAGCAAAGACUUCGAUGUCAAGCAAGAUCAUCGGCUCAGAUUCAAAAUUCUUCUCAAACAUGGUGGUGGACGCCAUGCAAUCUGUGAAAUCAACCAACAAUCGCAACGAAACCAAAUAUCCUGUGAAAGCUGUGAAUGUCCUCAAAGCUCACGGAAAGAGCUCUACAGAGUCGGUGCUCGUCAAAGGAUACGCUCUAAAUUGCACCGUCGCCUCGCAAGCCAUGAAGACCCGAAUAACAGAUGCCAAGAUCGCCUGCCUGGACAUGAACUUGCAGAAAGAGCGCAUGAAACUCGGCGUCCACAUAACAGUUGACGACCCACAACAGCUGGAGCAAAUCCGCAAACGUGAAGCCGGCAUGGUCAUGGAACGUGUCGAGAUGAUUCUCAAAGCCGGCGCCAAUGUUGUCUUUACUACAAAGGGCAUCGAUGACCUAGUCCUCAAACAAUUCAUUGAAAAAGGUGCCAUGGCUGUGCGGCGAUGCAAAAAAGAGGAUUUGCGGAGAAUAGCAAAAGCCACAGGAGCUACGCUUGUCUCUUCUCUCUCGGACCUCAACGGCGACGAGAAAUUUGAAGCAGCUUCCUUGGGUCAUGCAGAAGAGGUAGUGCAAGAGCGCAUCUCAGAUGACGAGUGCAUCCUCGUCAAGGGUACCAAAGUGCAUACAUCUGCGUCGAUCAUCCUGCGCGGCUCGAACGACUACCAACUGGACGAGAUGGAGCGCUCGGUGCACGACUCCCUCUCCGCCGUCAAACGCACCCUGGAAAGUGGUAGUAUCGUACCCGGAGGUGGCGCUGUGGAAACAGCACUGCACAUCUACCUAGAAGAAUUCGCCGUCACAGUCGGCUCAAGAGAACAACUCGCCAUCGGCGAAUUCGCCCAAUCCCUCCUCAUCAUCCCCCGCACCCUUGCCGUGAACGCCGCCAAAGACUCUUCCGACCUUGUUGCGCAACUCCGCUCCUUACACGCCACCUCCCAACGCAUACAAGAUACCCCUGCCCCUCCCUCUUCACCCUCCAAAGGCUCAAAGUCUCCGAGCGCGGAGGAUAAAGCGAUGGCGAAGCGCAAGAAUUACAAGAACUACGGGUUGGAUCUGACGAGGGGGAAAGCGGUAGAUCAGAUCAAGGCGGGCGUGUUGGAGCCGAGUAUGAGUAAGGUGAAGCAACUGAAGAGUGCGGUGGAGGCAUGCAUUGCCGUUAUGAGGAUAGAUACGCUUAUCAAGCUGGAUCCAGAACAGAGAGGGGGCGGGGACGAUGGGCAUGGUCAUUAG